UCUUGCAUAUAUUAUGUUGUUUAGGGUUCAUACCCCAUAAAGAAGCAAUCUUUUCUCUUGGUUUUUCUCUUAACACUAUCUUUUAUUUCUUGAUUGUUUCAAAUAUAAUAACACUCAUCAAGUCAAUAUUUUCAAGAAAUUAAGUGAAACUUUGAGAGAUCAAAGAAAAUAUGUUGGAAACAAUCUCUAGCAAUGAUUUUGUUCAAAACAACCUAGUUGUUCUUGAAUCUGAUAAUCCUCCACUUGUAAAAAAGAAGAGAAAUCUUCCGGGAAAUCCAGAUCCUGAAGCAGAAGUGAUAGCUUUAUCACCAAAAACUCUAAUGGCAACAAAUAGAUUCUUAUGUGAAAUAUGCGGAAAAGGCUUUCAAAGAGAUCAAAAUCUACAACUUCAUCGUCGAGGACAUAAUCUUCCAUGGAAACUCAAGCAGAGAACCAGUAAAGAAAUACGAAAACGAGUCUACGUUUGCCCGGAAAAGACGUGUGUUCAUCAUCAUCCAUCUCGAGCUCUCGGUGACCUAACCGGUAUAAAAAAGCAUUUUUGCAGAAAACACGGCGAGAAGAAAUGGAAGUGCGAGAAAUGUUCGAAGAGAUAUGCUGUUCAGUCUGAUUGGAAAGCUCACUCCAAAACUUGUGGCACUCGGGAGUAUAAAUGUGACUGUGGAACCCUAUUUUCGCGGAGGGACAGCUUUAUAACUCAUAGGGCAUUUUGUGAUGCAUUAGCAGAAGAAACAGCAAGAAUAAAUGCAGCAUCAAACCUAAAUGGAUUAGCCAACAUAAACAAUACUUUCAACUAUCAUCUUAUGGGUGCACCAAACAUGGCACAACAUUUCUCUUCAAUUUUCAAGCCAAUUAUCUCAACAAACCCUAAUGACCAACCAAUGGACCAAACCAGAAAAGGUUUAUCUUUCUGGUUGAACCAACCACAUGAGCCAAUAACCCAAGAAACUCAUUACCAAUUCGGGUUAACAGGUUCAUCCGGUUCAAUCUUUCAUCAUGAACCACUAAAUAACAUUUCAUGUUCAAACCCUCCCCCAUCAUCAGAUUAUCAUCAAAACUGGCCUAUUUUUGGUGGUAAUAAUACUAAAAAUAAUCAACAAGUAAGUGUUCCUUCUUUAUAUAGUACUCAACAACCGUCCUCAUCGCAAUCUCACCAAACAUGUAUUAUGUCUGCUACGGCUUUACUUCAAAAAGCCGCGCAAAUCGGAGCGACUUCAACUGAUCCAUCGUUUCUUGAAAGUUUUGGAUUGAAAAGCAGCAGUAAUAUUCAAAUUCAAGAUCAAGAAAAUAAUAACAAGUUUUGUGGAUUAAUGUAUGGUUUAAAUAGUACUAGUUUUGCAAGUGAUCAUCAUCAUCAUGUGGAGAAAAAUAACGGUUUGUCUAGUUUGAAUCAGUUGGAAAUGUAUUCAUCAUCGGAAUCAGCUGCUAAACGGCAAAAAGUGGUGCAUGAUCAUCAAGAUUGUAGUGCAGCUGGUGGUGGAGGAGGAGGAGGAGGGCAAACUAGAGAUUUUCUUGGUGUUGGUGUACAACAAGCUAUAAGUCACCAAUCUUCUAUCAAUGGAUGGAUUUGAAUCAUACAUGAAAUAUUGGAAAUAUUUAAUUUCGUUAGUUGCAAUUCUUUUUCACUA